UGUCGUCUAGAAAAACAAGAACAAACGAAAAAGUGGGGGGGGGCCUCAGCUGCGAUUCUUUGACCAUCCGAAGGGGGUGUGGGUACAUUCAGCCUGUUCGCUUCCACAUCACCCGGGGCAGGGCCAGCGAUGGGGAGCGACGACUGCUCUUUCCAGCCCUUUCCAUAGUCUGGCGCACCUCCAAGGAGGCGGGGCCAAGUGAUGCCUGGGGUGGGGCUUGCGCCGACGGCAAAGUCGAGCUUGCGAGACCAGGAGGCGGGGCGUCAAAUCUUUGACUCGGCUACUCAGAGGCGUGGUUGCUGUUGAGCAUCUCAGCAUCACCGAGCAAGAGGCUGGAGCCCUGCUUUGUUCUGGGCACCGGCGCCUCUCUUCCCCCGUCGGUUCCAUUCUUUGCUUUCCUCUCCCCGCAUCCCCUUCCCCAGACGCUGCGGCUGAGCGCCCUUGCCAGGUUCUGGUUUUUGCUUUUUCCUCCCAAAGCGGGGGUCUCUCCGCCAGGCCCCGCCCCUCCAGGCCCGGCAUGUCCCCUGCUGCCCCGCGCCCAUGGUCCUGACGCUGCUCUUCUCCGCCUACAAACUGUGCCGCUUCUUCGCCAUGUCGAGCCCACGGUCUGGCGCCGAUCGGUUGACAGUACCAGGGCAGGAUAGGAAUGGAAGCGCCAGCCCGUGGUGGGCCGCGGGCCGCGGAUCCCGCGAAGUGUCGCCUGGGGUGGGCACCGAGGUGCAAGGCGCCCUGGAGCGUUCGCUGCCGGAGCUGCAGCAGGCGCUGUCCGAGCUGAAGCAGGCAAGCGCGGCGCGGGCGGUGGGCGCGGGCCUCGCCGAGGUCUCCCAGCUAGUAGAGGAGGCCUGGCUGCUGCCGGCCGUGGGUCGCGAGGUGGCCCAGGGUCUGUGCGAUGCGAUACGCCUGGACGGUGGCCUCGACUUGCUGUUGCGGUUGCUGCAGGCACCGGAGCUAGAGACCCGUGUGCAGGCCGCGCGCCUGCUGGAGCAGAUCCUGGUGGCUGAGAACCGAGACCGUGUGGCGCGGAUAGGCCUGGGCGUGAUCUUGAACCUGGCAAAGGAACGCGAACCGGUGGAGCUGGCACGGAGCGUCGCGGGCAUCUUGGAGCACAUGUUCAAGCACUCGGAGGAGACGUGCCAGCGCCUGGUGGCUGCCGGCGGUCUGGACGCGGUGCUGUACUGGUGCCGCCGCACCGACCCGGCGCUACUGCGCCACUGCGCCCUGGCGCUGGCGAAUUGCGCUCUGCACGGGGGGCAGGCGGUGCAGAGAUGCAUGGUGGAGAAGCGCUCCGCCGAGUGGCUCUUCCCUCUUGCCUUCUCCAAGGAGGACGAGCUGCUGCGGCUGCAUGCCUGCCUGGCGGUGGCGGUGUUGGCUACCAACAAGGAGGUGGAGCGCGAGGUCGAGCACUCUGGCACGCUAGCGCUCGUCGAGCCACUCGUGGCAUCCCUGGACCCCGGCCGCUUUGCCCGCUGCCUGGUGGACGCCAAUGACACAAGGCAGGGUCGCGGACCGGAUGACCUACAAAGCCUGGUGCUGCUGCUCGAUUCGUCGCGUUUGGAGGCUCAGUGCAUCGGGGCUUUCUAUCUGUGUGCUGAGGCUGCCAUCAAGAGCCUACAGGGCAAGACCAAGGUGUUCAGCGACAUCGGUGCCAUCCAGAGCUUGAAACGCGUAGUUUCUUACUCCACUAAUGGCACCACGUCGGCGCUGGCGAAGCGCGCGCUGCGCCUGUUGGGCGAGGAGGUACCCCGGCGCAUCCUGCCCUGCGUGGCCAGCUGGAAGGAGGCCGAAGUCCAGACCUGGCUGCAACAGAUCGGCUUUUCUCAGUACUGCGAGAACUUUCGGGAUCAGCAGGUAGAUGGUGACCUGCUUCUACGGCUUACAGAGGAAGAACUCCAGACAGACCUGGGCAUGAAAUCGAGCAUUACCCGCAAGAGGUUCUUUAGGGAGCUCACGGAGCUCAAGACCUUUGCCAGCUACGCUACAUGCGACCGCAGCAACCUAGCAGACUGGCUAGGCAGCCUGGACCCUCGCUUCCGCCAGUACACCUACGGCCUGGUCAGCUGCGGCCUGGAUCGCUCCCUGUUGCACCGCGUGUCAGAGCAGCAGCUCCUGGAGGACUGUGGCAUCCGCCUGGGGGUGCAUCGCUCACGUAUCCUCUCUGCAGCCCGAGAAAUGCUACAUUCGCCAUUGCCCUGUGCUGGCAGCAAGGCCAGCGGAGACACCCCAGACGUCUUUAUCAGCUACCGGCGGAGUUCGGGUUCCCAGCUGGCCAGCCUCCUGAAGGUGCACCUGCAGCUGCAUGGCUUCAGCGUCUUCAUCGACGUGGAGAAGCUGGAAGCCGGCAAGUUCGAGGACAAGCUCAUCCAGAGUGUCAUGGCAGCUCGAAACUUUGUUCUGGUGCUAUCUGCUGGGGCGCUGGACAAAUGCAUGCAGGACCAUGACUGCAAGGACUGGGUGCACAAGGAGAUUGUGACUGCUUUAAGCUGUGGCAAGAACAUUGUGCCCAUCAUUGAUGGCUUUGAGUGGCCCGAGCCCCAGGCACUGCCCGAGGACAUGCAGGCUGUGCUUACCUUCAACGGCAUCAAAUGGUCCCACGAAUACCAGGAGGCCACCAUCGAGAAAAUCAUCCGCUUCCUUCAGGGCCGCCCCUCUCAGGACUCCUCUGCCGGCUCUGACACCAGUCUGGAGGGAACUGCACCAAUAGGUCUGCCUUAGCCUGUCCCCAGUUCCCACGCCCUGCCGUGACCCCUGGUUCCAUUAUCUCCCAACCCUUAAAGGAAUAGCUCCUCUAGAGCCGCCCUGGGCUGAGGCAAACCAGACCCUUCUCAGGAAAUGGCUUUCCCUGCUGCCACACAGUGGCCCACUUCUAACCCAGAGAUGCCAGGCACAGGGUUAAAUGAGAGGACUCCUCUGUCAGGCCCUGCCUUCAGGUUCCAACAUCCCAUGCCCCCGCUUAGUUCUGGACACUCAAGAUAGUAUCUCUGGUCUCCUGCCCAAGAGCAGCCAGCUCGAGUAGGGUGAGCUUGGCAGGCCCUGGCAGGAGUCAGGACAAUGCCUAGGCCCUCUAUUUGGGCCCAGGAGGCAUCUGGGGUUGAGGAUCCCCCAAAAGCUGUCUACUCACAUUGUGCCUGGCCCCUGGCUCACCUGGAUUCCUGCUGCCUCAUGGCCUUGCUCUGUAACUACUUGGUACCCCUGCCAGAUUUCUUUAGGCAGCGUCCUUUGCCAUACUGGGAGUCAGAGUCCAUCUGAGCUGGCACUCUGCCUGGCCUUGCUGCCCUUUCUGGUGCAAGAAAGGACCCUUACUUGUUCAGGGAGACCGUAAGAAUCCACCCAAGCCCAAACCUCUGUGCUGUGCAUAAGGCUCUUGCCUGGCCUGUUCUAUCUGGCUUCUCCAGCUCCUCAUCACAGGGCUAAGAGAAGGAGACCAGGGAAGCUUCAGCAGCACCGGUAGCCAGGGCAGAGCCUGCACCCUGGGAAAGAGGCAAGACCUCUGCAGACAAGGGCCAGUUCGUGGGGCCGUCUCUCCCACAGAAGUGUGUCCACAUCCGCUGGGAAUCUUAUCAAAACACAGAGCAAGCCAUCUGGGAAGUUCCUGAGCCGCUGCCGUCUGCAGAUUCCCACGGGAGCUCAUGCAAGGUCCUCACCAGCCCCUGUCACGUUCCAAACACCCCAGUCUGGUUCUUAACCCUCCCUGGAGGCUUUUCCAGUCCUGUCACCCCAGUUUUACAGAGAGGAAUGGCUGAGUGAUAGGCCCAGGUCCCCAAAUCAGUGGUGGCAGCCUCAGAUUCUGCCCUAGUCCUGACACCCAGCACCAGUGUCCAGCCCAUUGGCUCUUGCCAAUACCCAGCCUCCAGCUUGGAGACAGCUGGCAUCACCCUGCUGCUGGCCUCUGGAGGCAGUGGAGUCACACACCUCUCCAGGAGCUGGCCAGGUUACUUUCCCUCAGUCCCCACUGUCAUAGAGUCAAAGGGCUUUCUCUCCAGGCUUAGGGACACCUUCUCCUUGACUGUCCUUAUUGCCAAAGACCCCAUCGUCCACGGGUCAUGGUUGGCCUCUGACUGUGACUAUCUAUAGCCCUGGUCCUGCCACCAGUACCAACCCACAGCCUGUUCUGAGGUGAGGCAGAUGGAAUGGUACCCUUGAUGACGAAGUCAACAACGAUACAGUAUGAGUUCCUCCAGGGAAACCUAUCUAUCUCCAGUCCACACUUUCCAGAGGGCCCCGUGGGCAGCACUCAGGAAGUUUCUGGGUUUUCUUAUUUGGGACACAGGUCACUACUA